GUUUCAUGUUGAGUCGGGUUCAGUUCUUCCACUGACGCUACAGCAGAUCUGCAGAUGGGUUUUAAGACUCGACGGAUGGUGACAGACGAAGCAGCUUUGCUCAAACGCAUCGCCACCUGGAAGCUUCUGCUCUAGUGUCCUCUGAUAUCUACAAGACAUGAGCAGCUUCCCUCACGUUCCCAACCGUCCUGAACUAUGACGUGCCUGAGAUCAUAGCGUCAAGAAAAGUCAUCAACGAGGAGAGAAUCAUGGUGGCAUUUGAGGCUUCCAACUCCAGCACAGCGGCGUCCUACCAGAGGAACACAGUUCUCCAGCUUCACUAUAAUUACACUGGCAAACUGGAUAGGGACCGAUACACAGACAGACUCAAGCCAGAAGACAUUAUGUUUCUCUUCAUCUGCCUCCUCAUCGUGGUGGAGAACUGCGUCGUUCUCAUGGCCAUCUGGAGAAACAAGAAGUUCCACAUGCCCAUGUACUAUCUGCUGGGGAACCUGACGCUGUCAGACCUGCUGGCCGGAUUCACCUACAUGAUGAACAUUGUGCUGUCGGGCCAGAACACGCUGACGCUGACGCCAUUGCUCUGGUUCCUGCGGGAGGGGGGCGUGUUCGUCACGCUGGCGGCGUCCGUCAUCAGCCUGCUGGCCAUCGCCGUUGAGCGCUACGCCACCAUGGUCAACAUGAAGACUCACCGGCGUGCCAAACGCAACCGCAUGUUGUCUCUGAUCGCGGCAAGCUGGGUUCUGUCGCUGUUGCUGGGCGUCCUGCCCGUCCUGGGCUGGAACUGUCUGAGUCACUUAAACUGGUGCUCCACCGUGCUACCGCUCUACGCCAAAAGCUACAUCUUCUUCUGCGUGUUCGUCUUCAUGACGGUUCUGUUGGCCAUCGUCCUUCUUUAUGGACGGAUCUUUCACUUCGUGAAGUCCAACACGCAGAAUCCGGCCCGCAGCCGGUCCAAAGGCUUCUCGCGGCGCUCGCAGAAGUACAUGGUGUUGUUGAAGACGGUCACUGUCGUGGUGGGCGUCUUCAUACUGUGCUGGAUGCCUCUGUUUGUGCUCCUGCUGCUGGACUUCGUGUGUCCCGUCAGGUCGUGUCCAAUUCUCUUCAAGGCCAAUUACUUCCUGGGUGUGGCCAUGAUUAAUUCGCUGAUUAACCCCAUGAUUUACACGCUGACCAGCAGAGACAUGCGGAGGGCCAUAGUGAAGCUGCUCUUCCAGCGCUGUCUGAUUACCAGAGAGGGCCGCAUGAGGAAGAUCGCCGCCGCCUUCCCACAGUGCAGCUUCACCAAGACGGAAGCCAACCCCCGCGGGAUGGAGACAUCCAUUUCAUCGGGCAACGCCACCACCGUUCACAUUAAAUCCAUCUACCCAAAGCUCAGAGUGUCAGUCGUGUCCUGAACGUUCCUUUCACACGUGACUGUCAUGAAGGAGAAUCUCUUCUCACACCUAACAUAAGAACACAUCAUCUGGGGGAAGACCGAGAGACACCUUGUCAUGUCACAAUUGGGACUGAAGAUUUAAAUGCCCAAGAUUCCGUAUUCAUUUAUUUCCCCUCAUUUGGCUGGACUCUUUCUUAAGUGGAACACAUAAGAAGAUAUUUUGAGAAAUAUAUAAAAUAAUAUCUGAAAUACCUCCUUUAUGUUCUGCAGCAGACAGAAAGUGUUGACGUUUGAAUGUGUUUAUCUGUGUCAUGUUGUUAUAAACACACUCAGUGGUGUUUAAGUGCUGAAUUGUGAAUAUAUUAUAAUUAACCACACACACACAGACGGACACACACACUGACGGACGGACACACACACUGACACACACACACACGCACACACACACUAUCAGCUCAUCAGACAUUGUCAGUUUGAAGCUGCAGUGAUCUCAUCAGUGCAGCUGGCAUCAGUAGAUCAGACGGGCCGGUUCUCUGAUGUGUGUCGUGACUGUAAAAUAUAUAAAAGUGCAAAAAGAAAACCACUAGAAAUGUUUCACUUUGCAGCAAGAAACAAGACUGAAUGUCAAUGCUUAUUUACAGUAAAACAAGAACAUUUUGCACUUUGUGUUUGCAUAUGAGUAACAUUUCUAAUGCUUGAGGUUUAAUAAAAUUAUGGUAUUUGCUUUUAUAUUAAAUAUAUUUUUAAAUAA